AUGGGCUUGACAUCUGCAACUCUCGUCAACAAACCCAAAACAGUCACCCAUUUACCGCUUCUCCUGCCGACGGAGACUACGCCGUUCGCCGAAUCACUAUCUCGUUGGAAUUUUAUUCGUCGGGUUGAGAUGACGGAAGGCCACGCCAAAGUGCCUGGCCGCUGGGCAGACUCUGACGAAAUCGCCGCAUCUCUGGCUACUCUCGACCUCUCAACAAAUUCAACAACAAUCCAGCUCGACAAAUCCCAACCUCCAACUCCAGAUGGCUCAGGACGACCAGUCAACUUCCAAAUUAUUGCUCCUGGACUCUACCGGUCUAGCUAUCCACUCUACGCACAUUUCGAGACGUUAGCAGACCUCGAGCUGAAAACUAUUGUCACCCUUGUCCCCGAACCACUCCCUUUCGACUAUGAGAACUUCAUCUCCUCCAACGGCAUCGUCCAUUACCAAAUCCCCAUCCUCGCCAAUAAGGACCCCCACAUUCACUCUUCGGACGAGACAGUCAACAAAGUUCUCAAACUUAUGCUUGACCCGUCCCACUAUCCAAUGCUUAUCCACUGCAACAAGGGGAGACACAGAACGGGCACUGUUGUGGCUUGCUUUCGCAAGGUGACUGGCUGGAGCUUGGAUGCAUGCAUCGAAGAAUACGAAAAGUAUUCCAAGCCUAAGGAUCGAGCUUUGGAUAAGAUCUUUAUUGAACGCUUCGACGCUUCCACACUGAAACCACUGGCAUUCUCACGAGGCUUUGUUGGUGGUGUCUACCGACAACCAGAGCGACCAUCGACCAAAUCUUCCAUCUACACUACCAACACUGUCGAAACUGCCUAUACCAGCGACGAGUCCGAAAUCCCACCACAUGAUUACCAAGAACGAGUCAAGAAAGAGAAGGAUGCGUUGCUCGAGUCGCCGAGGUUAUGGUCGUAUAAAUAG